AUGGUUAUCGAUGAUGGUAAAAUAUGGUCCGAUUUGAGAAGAAAGACUGUUUACUCGAUCAGAGAGUAUCUCAACCGACUAGACGAGUUUAUUAAAUUAGAUGAAGCCAUUGAGAAAGUCGACCAAGUGGGAACCAGCUCUACACAAAACAAAAAUAAUUGUGCAAAUUCUAACCAGAAUCAGACAAACUAUGGUAAAGGGAAUAAGAAUAACCAGAACAGAGGGAAGCGGAAUAAAAAUUCCAAUAGUGGCCACAAUAAUGACAACAAUCAAGCAAACACUAACGAUAAGCCUCGAGAAUACGUGCCACGUUUCACCACUUAA